AUAGCUCAGUAUUAUUAUUCUAAACAGUCAACGCUCUGUUUCUGUACCUGAGCCGAGCAAGCGAGGUCAAUAUCAAACGAAUCCAAACUUAUACAAGUUAUACGACCCGUUCCGAAUGUUUGUGCCCUAUGUCGGCGUCGGCUGAUAUUGUCGUAAGUGGCGCCGCAAAUAGGUUGCACAGAAAGAGAUAGAUAUACCUUAUUGCCAGGGGUGUGACAAAGAUAGAAAAACGGGCACAUACCUAAAAUAUGCCAGGCAGCCAAUACUGGCACUGCGUCAUAUUGGCAAUGGCAUCUGUGUCUGUUCUGUGCCUACUUGCCUAUGAGUGAACGGAACAGAAUUUCACAUGCUCAGCCUAGAUAGCUGCGGAGUGCGGUCGAUCGAAACGACGUCGGUCUGAGGCUCAACUCACUAAAAAUAGUUGCGAUUUCAAUUAUAAUAGUAAUUUGCAUAAUUUAAUUGGAAUUGUUAUAAAAAAAAAACUUUUAUUUAUUUGCCUUUGCCUUUAUUACAUAAAUAUGUGAUUUGUGCUUAUAUCAUAUCGGUGAAUCGGUAGUAUGUUCUCCCUUAGCGUUUAUUUAGCCGGCCAUUUUCUAUUUUCGUACCGAAGCAAGACACAGUGACUGAUCACUGAAGUUCGACUUCGAUAAAAACUGGAUUGCCUUAAAUAUUAUGUUAACUCUAAGACAUUUGUGAGUGAAAACCGGUAGCAUAAUAUUAUUGUGUUUUGAUUAGUUAUUAUUACUGUGACAUUUGUGUUUUGUGAUUGUUAAAAUUAUUAUGAACGAGACGCAUUAUUUUCGUAGGAGUUAGUUCAGCAAACUUAUUAAAUCUCUGGAUUAUUGUUGCAUUAAGCUGGACAAUGAACGUUAAUCAUGACAACAAAGAUUGAACCUGAUUUCCCAUCAUCGCCACCAAACGAUGAGUCAGAUGGAGAAGAACAAGAAAUAGACCAAAACUAUCAAGAAGAAGAAGAGGAAAAAAAGAAACCUGAAACAAAUGUUGCAAGUUUACUGGCGCGACUUCAAUCGUCCGGCGCUCUAAUAAAAAAGCCAAAACAAGAAUAUCGUUGCUUCACUUGUGAUAUAGAUUUUUCUGAUUGGGAGGAGUUAGAGAAUCAUCUUAUAAAGCACGUGUCACUGCCCUCAGUGGUAUUAGACAAGCUGCCGUCCGACGAGGAAGACCUGCCGCAUUCCGGUGAUGAGAACUGGUCAGAUGAUGAAGAUGUUCCUGCUCUACCAAAACUUAAUGCGCCUAAAACUACCCAAAAGAUAGAUAUAUCUCAAAUAUUAAAAAAGACUGGGAUUUCAUUGAAAAAGCAAAGUGAUAAUGAUGCAAAAAGUUCAGAUUCCGCCUUGAAUAAAUUAAGUGGUUUAGGCUUUACAAUAACAAAGAAUUCAACUGCAAUAAAAAAAGAAAAACCUGAUAAAGAUCAUGAAAAACCUAGUGAUGUGAUGCAAAAAUUGGGAAAACUUGGAGGUAUUAAACUCAAACUCAAGUCAGAUGGGAAUAAUACAAAUUCAUUUAAAGUUGUCAAUGGUCUUAAAGAUUUUAAGGCUUCUGAUGACGAAGACGAAGGCAGUGGUAACGAUGACGAUAAGGAAGAUCAAGAUUAUGACGAUGAAAAUGAUAAAUCUGGAGAAAAUGAAGGUUCUGGAGUUGAACAUGACUCUGACGAUCAACAAAGUCACAACAAUAGUAAUAGAUCUGAUAGCAGUGAUUCAGAUAAAGGUAAAAUAAUGAUACCCAAUUUACCUAAAGGUAUUCAAGGGAAACUUGUGAUUCCAAAGAAAGAACCUGUCAGUACUCCUACUAAAAUGACACCGGUUAAAAUUCAACAGGAAGAAAGUCUGAAAGUAAAACCACCAAAUAGACCUGCUGUUAAACAAACACCGAAAAGGGUACCUAGUGUUCCAAUAGCAGUUAAAGAACCGCCUAAAAUAACUGAAGCUGCUGUAUCAAGAAGACCGUCUGAAAAUGUCACACCAGAGAGGAAAGAAUCUACCGAUCGGACGGAGAAUGUGGUAGUAAAACAAGAGGUACCUGAAACAUCAAGUGGUGAAACACAAAGUAACUUACCUUUAUUCACAGGUCAAAUUAAAUCAGAAAGAUCGUCACCACCAUUAUCAGAGAGAACGACACCAAUUUUGGCACAUAUUAAAUCUGAACCUGAAGGUCCAUCAUUAGGUGUUAUAUCCGAUCCAAGUAAUAGUCAAAACACACAAAACGCUAAAAGUACACCAUCUCUACUUCCCGUGACAAAAACUGAAGACAUUAUAACUGUCAUUGAGAUUAAUGGUGAUUCAAAUGACGAAGAUGAUGACUGUUGUGUUGUAUCCACUACUCCGGCUCCUGAUAUUAAGCCUAUUGUACCUAAAGUAGAAAAUCCACCCCCAGCUUAUUCUACAACACCUCUUACUUCUUAUUCAUCUUCACAAUCGACUUACAACUCGACUACGCCAUUACCAUCGCGGCUAUCAUCAGCACCGUCUACAGAAAAGCAACAUAAUUUCAAUUGGAACGCUCCAGAUAGUAAACCGCCAUUAGAUAUGCUUGAAAAAAGUGCAGAUGACAUUUUUGAAAGUCUUCUAUCGUCGUCCACAAAAAAGGAAAAUAUGUCGUCUUUGUCAGAUGCGAGUGAAUAUGUAUCUUUAGAUACGUUAGGUCCUCAACAUUCAUGUGACAUUUGCAAUACAAGGUUCACUGAUAUAUCACUUCUUGAAGAACAUAAAAGAGUGACAGGGCAUUCUAAAAGUCUCGUUGCUCCGUCUUCAUCUUCACUGUUGCCGUAUAACCAUUCCUCGAAUAUUCUUUCAAGUUUACUUCCAGUUAAACAAUUAGCAGAACAAGUAGGGAAGCUCUCAACCAUUGGUAAUAGUGGUCCAGGAUUUACUCACCAACAAAACGUUAUGAUUAAUAUACAAGCAUAUCCUGGCGCAGGAGGUGUUAUGGUGCCACCGCAGUAUAAUGCAUAUAAUUCUGGGCAAAAUAUUCAUGGAGGAUAUCCUCCAUCAUCAAGCAAUAUGUAUGGUGCCCCAGGUCAACCUAUGUCAAUGCCAAAUCAAUACCAAGGACCAAAUUAUAUGAGUCAAGGGUACGGGCAGUACCAAACGCCAAUGUCGAAACCGGCUUACCCAGGAUCUAUGCCUCCAAAUUCUCAUUAUUCGAUGGCUUCUUCUCCAUAUUCCACAAACUCUCCAUUACAAAGCAUGCAACAAAGUGUUUAUGGUCAAUCACCCGGCGGUAUAAUGAAUCCACCCGGUUCUAUGGGUCCACCAGGGUCGUCACCUAGUCAUUCUUACACGUCUGCAUCAAGUCCUGUUGGGGGAAUUAAACAACAACCAGGAAGUGGCAUUAAAAUACAAAAUAUACAAACUUUUCCUCCUGGACAAGUAGUAGGGGGGCCAGGUGGGCCACCGAUUACAUGUGGCCCUGAGGUAGGCCCAGGACAAAUGGCACCCCCGGGUCAGACGAUGGCUGGGCAAAUACCCGGAGGUACUCCGAUACGAAUGGCAGCUGGUGCAAAUAUAGCUGGUCCACGGCCGCGAUUACCUACAGUUAGAGGACAAAGACCAACAAUACGACCAGGAAUCCAAGUACAUGGGCAAGUUCGUGGUGGUAAAGCUGGCCCACGAAUGCCAUUAAAAAGGCCGGGUGCGGUAGUGGGUGGGCCAGGACAAAAGCGGCGAACUGAUAUGUUGCUGCCUGGUAAACACGAUAAUGAAGAUUGCCAAGUGAUGUCAAUGCAGAAACAGCGCGAGGGCCUUCCCAUGAUUCAUAGUGUGCAGGGUGCGAAAGAUAAAUUGAAUCUUGGCAGCCAAAUAUCAAUAACAAAGAAGACUGUUAAUAAUGAGGCGAACGCUAUGGCGAAUGUCCUUGCGUCACGAGGCAUAAGUAUUAAACAAAAACAAAAAAGUAGAUCACCGACACCCGAACGUCCUUUGCCUCAUAUUCCUAAUUUGGGAGCGGGAGUUAGUAUUAAGCACACAUCAAAAUCGAGCAAAUUCUCAAUACCUGAGGCGAAGAUCGGCGGUGGAAUGUACGCAUGUAAAAUAUGUAAGAAAAUGUUCAUGAAUCAUAAUUCAUUACAAGUUCACAUGUCGAAUGCACAUCCCCAAAGUAAAAUACCCGUUUUUAAAUGUGAUGAGUGUCCUGCUUCCUAUCCAAAAUCUUUGCAAUUGCAGCAUCACAAAAGGGUGUUCCACAAUGUGACAGGACCUAAUAGAGAGCUGGGUUUGCCCGUAGUUGACCUGUCACAAGAGGACAAUUUAAAGAGAUUGAGUAAUUUAGGAAUAUAUAGCUUUAUACCGUUGGCUAAUCGUGAGCAGGCUAAUGGAUGCUUUGGCAUACCAGUGAUAUCAGUGCACAAUAUGCAAAACGGUUUAACAUCAAGUUUACAGGCACUUGGAGCAGAUGGUUUAUUAAGUCUCGGUCCUCUCAAACCAUUGCCUAACUCGUAAAGUGAUAAAUGUUAUGUCAAUGAAAUGUUGAACAAUUUAUGUAUGUAAACAAAUGUGUAUUAAUAUUAUUUUUGACACCCUUAACCGACUAUAAAAUUAAUGUAUUAUUUUUCAACAAUAUACUCGCGUGUUUAAGAGGGCACAAAUAAAGGAUUUUUUAUUUUAAGAAGAAUUUAAUUUUAUAGAAAUUAAAAGAUAAUUUUUACAUCUGGUUAGUUUGUUUUGAAAACCAUUUUCUGAAAGUGAAAUCUAUUAUAAUUAAAAUGAAAGUUAUAAUAAUUAAGUAUGACAAAAUUAAUUAUAUAACUAUAAAACAAUAUUCUAUUCCAAUUAUAAAGUCUUGUAAUAUAAACAAUGUCUUUUUUAUACUUGACCUACAUUUUCUAAAUUUAUCAUCAUACAGUAUAUUGUUACUUAAUUAAUAAUUUAUUUUUAAUAUUAGUGGCAUGUCGUUGUAAUUCUUAUAUACAGAGAAUAUUGUUUAUAAAAUGAGGUGAAUAUACUGGAAUAGGUCUAUCAAUGUGUAUUUUGCCAAAAUAUAUUAAUAUGUGAACCGUUUUUUUUUUUCAAACCAAUACUUGUUUUUUUAUCUUAAUUUAUCUAGUAUGAGUGCGGAAGACUCUACUACUACUAUAUAAGUAAAGUAUAACUACUACAAAUAUACUACCUAUUAUUGUAAAAUAUUUUAUAAGAAUUGUAGAAUUUUUCUCAUUGUAAAUUAAUCAUAAAAUAUAUAUUGAAAAAAUAAUUGUAAGGAAUUUCAGAUCUUUUGUUUAGGUUAUAAAUUUAUAAUUAUUAUCCGUUGAAUUACGGAUGUUGAUGAAUUAGCAGCAGUUUUGUGGAAAACUAGACCAUUCAUAAAUAUUUGUAUAUUGCAAGCCCUCCAUAACAUUGUCCUAUGAAGAUGGUUAGAAAACCUUUUUCUUUGCGUACUGUUAUUAUUAUUGUCACAUGAGCCUAUUUUCAUAGUCGAUUUUGGAUUCGCCUGCAUAGUUGAAAAUAUUCAAUCUAAAGUAAUUUUUUUUUCAGUUAUAAAUUAAAACAUUAACAACAUAAAAUGCUUCUAUAAUAUUACGAAUGUAAUAAAUAAGAUAAUUUUGUAUAUAGGCGCACAUUGGUGCAAAUAGCAAUAGUUUAAAGUAAAGAGAUAUUUUUGCGUUAUAUGAACGAGAGACGAAUGUUUUAUGUUAAUUAUUUAAUUUAAUCAAAAGAGGUUCUAUUAGAAAACAUCAUUCAGAUGAAGUCUAUAAGAUUUAUGAAUAAAGAAAUUUAAUUAUA